UGGCGAAGGCGGAACGUGAUGACGUCAUCGGCGAAGCUCUGAGGUGUUUAUUGUUCGUUUCGGCGUCGAAGGGAGAAAAAACAGCGCAGUAAAGGGAGUAAAGUGCAGUGAGCGCCUGAAUAAACCCUCUUCCUGCCGGCUAGUGGGAGCGCUAACCCUGUCCGAGCCGAGCUACAGGAGAAUUAGCCCUCUGUAGCGCUGUAUAUUCGGUUUUAUUGUUUUUUUCGGGAGCCAUUUUAAAGCAGAGGAGAGGCCGGAGACAGCGGCUUGGCCAUGGCGUACGCUUAUCUCUUCAAAUACAUCAUUAUCGGAGAUACAGGUGUGGGGAAAUCCUGCCUCUUAUUACAGUUCACAGAUAAACGCUUCCAGCCCGUGCACGACCUCACCAUCGGUGUAGAAUUUGGAGCGCGGAUGAUCACCAUAGAUGGCAAACAGAUAAAGCUUCAAAUCUGGGACACGGCCGGUCAGGAGUCGUUCCGCUCCAUCACCAGGUCUUACUACAGAGGAGCCGCAGGAGCUCUACUCGUCUAUGACAUCACAAGAAGGGACACCUUUAACCACCUGACCACCUGGUUAGAAGACGCCCGUCAACAUUCCAACUCCAACAUGGUCAUCAUGCUGAUCGGGAAUAAGAGUGACCUGGAGUCAAGGAGAGAGGUGAAGAAGGAGGAGGGAGAGGCCUUCGCAAGGGAACACGGCCUCAUCUUCAUGGAGACUUCAGCCAAGACCGCGUCCAACGUAGAAGAGGCAUUUAUCAACACAGCUAAGGAGAUUUAUGAGAAGAUCCAAGAGGGCGUGUUCGACAUCAACAACGAGGCGAACGGGAUUAAAAUCGGGCCGCAGCACGCUGCCACUAACUCCACGCUGGCUGGAGGACAGGGAGGACAGCAGGCCGGAGGAGGCUGCUGCUGAAUUACCACUUCUACCCCUUUAUUCUACCCCUUACUCCCUCAUCCCCCUUUCCCCUUACUCCCUCCAUCCCUCCCUCUUGUUUCUACUGGACUGUUCGCUCUCACUAAUGUUUUCUUAACCCUCAAAUCCAAAUCGUGUACUAGAUGGCUGUAAACAAAAAAAAUCAGAAAAAAACAAAUCCUGCUCCUGCAGAAGAAGCCCAGGUAGUGAGGUGGUGAGAAGAUGAGGAGCUGGUGGAGCUGAUGGAGCUGGUGGAGCUCUCCGUUCUCAGCCGCAGCAGGUUCCCGAUCAUACGGUUAGCUAGGUCCCGAGCCGCCGACCCCACGCUGGUGAUUAUUAUCUUCAUGUUUGUGGAUUUCUUUUUGUUUUGUGCCCUUUUUUUUGUUGACUUUGAGCUGAAUUGUAUUAAACACUACAAAGUCA